ACUUGUAGUCCUCUUAGAGGAGGCGGGCAAUUGCGCGGCGGCCUCGGAGCGACCCCUGCGUAUGCGUGACGUCUGAGUAAGACUUCCGGGAAGCAUGGUACCAGGCAUGACCUCCUUAAACCGGCUACGUGCAAGACUUUCUUCAGAGAUUUCCCCAAAGACACAGAAGCCAAGUUAUGAAGUGCACAAAAAUUAGUGAGAAAUCCAGAAACAGACUACUGGAAUCUUUACUCUGGGCCAUUCUUGAUGCUCAGCCCCACCCCAGAUCUCCAGCUGCCCAAUAGAAAUUGAAGCUCAGAGAGGUGAAGUCACCCAGGAUCACACAAUGAAUGACGGAGAUGGAAUUCGAGUCCAGGCCUCCUCAGAUGGAUGUCACCCGCCUGCUCCUGGCCACCCUGUUGGUCUGCCUGUGCUUCCUCACUGCUUACAGCCACCUGGCCCCUGAACAGAAGCCCAACAAUGACAGAAGCCUGAGGAGCAACUCCUCCACGAACCUGUUGGAUUCCCCUUCUGUCUCUAUCAUGGGGCUAAACAAAAAGUCCAAAAAGAUCAGCAGAAAAGAGGCAGAAAAGAAGAGAGCUUCCAAGCAGAGAAAGGCUUCGAUUAAGAAGGUGACGCGGAUCCGGCCCCCGCCGCCCGAUCCCUGCGUAGCCACCCGGGACAGCUGCAAACAGCCGGCGCCCCCCUGCUGUGACCCGUGCGCCUCCUGCAUGUGCCGCUUCUUCCGCAGCACCUGUUCCUGCCGAGUGCUCAAUCCCAACUGCUGAGCGCCGCUCCGGCUGUCAGCGGGGCGGGGCUUCCAGGUAGGAACUCCCCCUCGACCCUGGGGUCCUUGAAGGGCUGGUGAUCUCUAGUAAGAUGUGGCUUCUUAGGACUGGGAGCGGGCGCGGGCGCGGCUACUGAGGUUGGGGCGUAGCUUUUAGCAGGCAGGACGUCAAGGGCACGUGGCUUGGGCUGGGCUAAAAUCCAAAUAGUUCGUGCAGGUCAUUGAAAGUGUGUGGCUGUUUCUUUAAAGGGCCAGAAAGAUCCUUUUCCCUUCAAGGAGUCCGCUUUACAUCGAAAGUAUGGCAGGCUGCGCACGCACUACUUCCGUGGUCUGGGGGGAAACCCGAUCAUCCCGGCCCUAAAACUAUACUCCUCUUAAGCGUUUUCUCCAGGUCAGCUGGAGACAGUGCUGCCCCCUACCUUUAAACCUGAGAACACCGGAAGAUGCCUCCACAUCCAGGGAAUGCAGCCCAACAGACAGGAAACAUUAAGGAACUACCAUUCAGUCUUUCCCCUUCUAAGGAGCUCCCCCUACCCCCCGCCCCUGAGAAAAACAAGGAAGGUACAACUCCAUACACAAUCUCACUGGUUUGUCUGUCCUGGGGGGAUCUGCUGAUAAACCUGGGAUGGCUGCUUGUGACUGGGCGAUGCCAUGGGUCCCUACAGCCAGAAGGCUAUGCCUUAGGAGACUUCCAAACAAAGGUGCCACUUGUGCCCACUCCUCCCUUUUUUCCCCGGGAUUUCCAGAGGUGCAGGGGACUGGGAGGAGUUUCUCCCAUUGCCAAGCUAAAUAAAUACUGACCAUUGGUCCCCAGGCAUUAACCCUGACAACCUUUAGUUGGGGCUCCAAGUAAAAAGCUGGGGUUCAGGAUUCCUUCCUCACACCUCAGUGUCAGCCAGGAAGCAGGCAGUGAGCUUGGUGAUUUGAAAAUAAAAGGAAACCACUAAAAUGGGAGUCCAGAGGCCAGAAAGGGAAGCUCUAACACUCCAUGGCAACUACAGGAAGAGUUGUCAAUUACAGGCCCCAACAGGAAAAGAUGUUCAUUGCAUCUCCUACAAGAAAUCAACUACCCUAGCAACUCUGCCAAUGAGAAACCUUCACCUCCCUAAAAUCACUUUUCUCCAAUGGACCUUUGUUCAAAACCUAUCCCAAAUCCCUUUUUCUCCAUAAAAUACGGUUCCUUUCCUUCAUUUUAUGGCUUUUGUUAUAGUUUGCUUGCCCUGAUUUGCAACACUGCUAUUCCUAAAUAAACUCAUUUUUGCUGAUAAAAUAA